AAAAAAAAAAAAAAAAAAAAAAACAUUUGUCAAAUGAAGAUAUAAGAUUUGUCAUUUACGAAUAAUGACGCGUUGCAAUUAAUUAUCAUUGAUGUAUGAUAAUACAUAUAUAUAUAUAUUUGAAAAACAUAAUUGUAAUAGUGUUUUAAAACGAGGACAGACUGUGAAAUGUCAGUUACUUUUAUCGAGUGCAAAGAAGUGCGUAAAGUGAAGGAACAACAUCUAUCGUUAUCGCUGACAAAUAAAGUUCUUUCAUUGAACUAAAUAUAUAUACAUAUAUAUACAUUUUUUGCGUUGACACUUUAUUAACGGUUCGUUCGGUGACGCAAUGCACAAAGAUUUCCUCGGAUUUUUGGUGACAACGAGCGAACACCAAGUUCGCGAUUCGCUGGAUGAAUUGACAUAAUAAAACAACUAGGAAUAAUUGUCGAGAAACGGCGUGAGUCAAGAUGGGAUUGUGGAGAAUUUUGAUCUUUCUAUUGGUAGUGGUCUUCAUCGAAAUCAUCGAAUCGAAUAAUCGUUGUCUUACGAAUUUAGAAGAAGUUAAUCCAAAACGAUUGGUUGUCUUCGAUGGUCAAACAAUUAAUUUGCGAUUUGAAGUUUCGCGAAGAAUCACUCAAAGAUUGGUUACGCACGUUACGAAGAUCUUUUUGGAAGAGGUUUUGGGUUACAAAAAUAUUAUGAUCGUGGAAAAGGACGAUGAUUUUAACAUACAUCAUGUUUACGAAAGAUUGUCCGAUACUGUGACCUUAGAACAUAACAGAGUGCCUCCCGACACAAUGGUAAAUAUGGAGGUAUGGAUAUUACCGCAGGAAGAUACAAUGCCGUUGUUGAACAAAUACGAGGUGAAAGAAUGUGGAGCUAUUGCGCCACCGGGACAUUUUAGUUGGUUCAUACCUGAGAAAUUAUACACAAUCGAUGAUAGUUGGGUGUCAUUUACCAAUCGAGAAAAUGCAGCACGUUUUGACGUUUCCGAAUUGACUCUACAUCGAAUUCAAAAUUUGACGAUGAAUCCUAGUACAAAAAGGUAUUACUGCGAAACGUCAUUUUGUCAGAACGGUAUGUACAUUCCUCGACAAUGUCAAGCUAUCGGCAAACAGGCUCAACCUUGUGCUCUACUAUUGGCUGGUCAUCUCGAUAUAACAUCAUUCGUUAAAGAAGAUAUCGAUAGUUUAAAUCUUUACGUGAAAGUAGCUUGGGUUGGACCUCACCUGAGAGAACUGACGGAAAAUUUAAUCGAGGAAUACACUUGGAUGGAUAACAGACAAAAAUCACUUGUUAUCGUACACUGGACACCAAGUACCGUAAUACCCAACGCAAAAGAUUUCGUUAGCAUCAAUUUUCCACGUUGCGGUACAAAUAAUACCCAAGUUGGUUGUGAAUACGAAUCAAAAAGACUGGUCAAAGUUGUUUGGAAAGGAUUAGAAUUUGCAGCUAAGUUUGCUUUUGAGAGCAUCAAUCGUGUUCAAUUUACUUCUGAGAUGUACGAAAAUUUGAUAGAUCGCUACAACAAAUAUUCGGAAAACGUGGACGAAGCUAAAAUUGCUUGUAGUUGGCUUAUGGACAAUUUAAAUCAUGCAAUGUCCCAUUGGAUGCCGAAUAAUGCCGAUAAGAAUAUUCUUUAUAUCGGUGGAAUAUUCCCGAUGAGUGGUACAUCCUAUACAGCUAAAUCUAUUGUAAUUGCUGGAAAAAUGGCGAAAGAUGCAAUAAAUGUAAACAAUAGUAUAUUGAGGGAUUACAAUCUGACACUGUUGGCUAGCGAUGGUCAAUGUAAGACCGACGUUGUAAUGAAAUCAUUCAUUGAUUACAUCGUUCAUAAUUUUUAUGAAAAGCUCGUCGGUGUUCUUGGACCUGCUUGUUCCGAAACUGUCGAACCACUUGUCGGUGUUGCGAGACAUUAUAAAUCCGUGAUCAUCAGUUACAGUGCCGAGGGAUCCAGUUUCAACGAUCGAACUAGAUAUCCUUACUUUUUUAGAACUAUUGGUGAAAAUAGACAAUACAAAUACGUUUAUCUAUAUCUACUUCAACAGUUAGGUUGGCAUCGAGUCGCGUCCUUGUCCGAAGAUGGACAAAAGUAUACUGAAUACAUAUCCUAUAUGCAGGAUAUGCUACGUGAUAAUGGUAUUACGUUUGUAGCAAAUGCUAAGUUUCCACGAGAAUGGGAUCCCGAGAUAAUAACAAAGAGUCUUCAAGAUUUGAAGCAGAAACGAGCAAAAAUAAUUAUUGCCGACGUGUACGAUAAAGUUGCACGACAAGUCAUGUGUGAAGCAUACAAAUUGGAAAUGACGGCUGUUCAAGGAUACGUUUGGUUCUUACCUUUAUGGCUUCGAUCGCGAUGGUAUGAUACCGAUCAAUAUAAUGAACAAGGCGAGCAGGUUCCAUGUACUACGAUUGAGAUGACAAAUGCAAUAAAUGGUCAUCUUAGUCUGUCACAUGCGUACUUUGCACCGGAUGAUGAAAUCAUGCAAGAAGGUAUAACGGUACGGGAAUGGCGCGAUCGUUAUGAGCGUUUGUGCAAAUCGCGAAAGCUAAUGCCGUCCAAUUAUGCUGGAUAUACUUAUGAUGCUAUGUGGACUUAUGCCUACGCUAUAGAUCGUCUACUUAAAGAAAAUCAAAGCUACGUAUUCGAUCUUCACAGCGAGCAAACUGUCAAUCGUUUGACUUCCAUUAUCAGUGCUACCGAUUUUAACGGGGUUUCUGGUCGAAUCAAAUUCGUUGGUGGACCAUCGAGAUUCUCUGUCAUUAAUGUCGUGCAAAAUAUAAAUAAUGAAACACACGUUACUGGAAAAUUUUAUCCAAACAUAUCGGAAACGGAAAACGAAGUGAUAGGUGGAAGAUUGGAUUUAAAUAUUUCUGCAUUCGUAUGGUUAUCCAAAACUAUGCCCGACGAUGGCUCGGAACCACCACCCAAGUGCGUUUUCAGUGGAUUAGCUGAACUUUUAGAUGUUUCUUGUGAAGUGGCUAUCGUUAUUGUCAAUAUCAUUGGUUUUGGUCUUCUUGGAAUAGUCCUCAUCAUUGGUUUCUUUAUUGUCAAGAGAAAGUACGACGAGAAAGUUCGCAUUCAUGAAAAAUAUAUGAAGUCUUUGGGUAUUGACUUUUCUAAAUUGGACACAUCGAGCCUUGAUAAAUGGGAAAUACCACGAGAUAGAGUAGUAAUCAACAGAAAAAUCGGUGAAGGUGCUUUUGGCACGGUAUACGGUGGUGAAGCAUUUUUCCCUGAAAAAGGUUGGUUAGCUGUUGCGGUUAAAACCUUGAAAGUUGGAAGUACGAUCGAUGAAAAAUCCGACUUUUUGAGUGAAUUUGAAGUAAUGAAAAGGUUCGAACAUAAAAAUAUUAUCAAGCUACUCGGCGUUUGCUUAAAGUGCGAACCAGUUCUUACGGUUAUGGAAUUUAUGCUGUAUGGUGAUUUGAAAACUUAUCUACUCGCGAGAAGACAUUUGGUAAAUGAUCAAAGUUACGAAGAUUCCGAUGAGAUUUCUAAUAAAAAAUUAACAGCUAUGGCCUUGGAUGUUGCCAGAGCUCUGAGUUAUUUAGCACAAUUAAAAUAUGUCCAUAGAGAUGUUGCUUCUCGUAAUUGCCUGAUAAAUGCUCAACGAGUUGUCAAACUCGGUGAUUUUGGUAUGACCAGGCCAAUGUACGAGAACGAUUAUUAUAGAUUUAAUAGAAAAGCAGGUAUGCUACCAGUUCGAUGGAUGGCACCGGAGUCUUUAGGUCUAGGUUUAUUUAGUGCUGCUUCCGAUGUAUGGUCGUAUGGUGUUUUACUGUACGAAAUUAUUACUUUUGGCAGCUUUCCUUUCCAAGGGAUGAGCAAUAAUGAGGUACUAGCUCACGUAAAAGUUGGCAAUUGUCUUGUUGUUCCUAAAGGCGUUAAAGCACCACUAGAAAAUUUGAUGUAUUCUUGCUGGUCUGUAAAUCAAAACGAUAGACCAUCAGCACCGGAGAUAGUAGAAUUUUUAGCAACGAAUCCUCGAAUUUUAUCUCCUUGUUUGGAUGUACCUCUCGCUAGUGUUCAAUUGGAACAUACUGGACAAAUGGAGAUGCAUAUAACGGAUGGCGUGAGAAAAUGUUCUUUGCCAUGGUCGCAGAACCAACAAUCACCUACACAAUUAUCGGAUACAAUAUCGUCACCUAAUAGGACAAAUUCAUCUUUACUUGAGAUAGAUUCUCACGAUGAUAAUCAAAAUGUUGGUUUCUGUACGAAUCGAGGAGUAUCCGGCCAAGAUAGUACAAGUCCGUUAUUAAGUUUUGAACGAAGUGUAAGAGGGCUCGUAGUUUCACGUCAGAAUUCAAACAAGCAACAGAAAGACACUAUGCACAAAUACGUCAACCUUCUGCCAGGAAUGGUGACCUCGACGAGGCAACUUAGUAAGAAUGGUAAUACGGGAAAUGUUCAAACAGAAGAAAUGGUAUCUAUGAUGCCAACAAAAACUAAAGACACCGAGGAAAUUUCCAUUCUCUGAUGUAGCCUCUAGUCAAAAGUUUUUUUAGAAAAAUCUGUAGAGCUUAGCUGAUCGGUGGCUGGCAUAAUAUUGUACAAGAACAACAAGUAUAUAACGUAUGUAAGAAAUCGAGUUAAAAAUUCAAGCAAAAUGGGUAUAAUGUUCGAAUUUAAAUCAACGGUUGCUAGUACAUAGUAUUUAUAUAUAUCUUUUGUUAGAAAUUUUAAGAGCCAAAGAAUAACAGUUCUCUCGUUAUACUUGUUCUAUCGUGAUAGUUUAUGAUAGAGCCAAAUUGAUGAUCAAGCUUUGGAUUGCUGCCAGAAUUCCAUACUAUAUCAGUUUUACAAGCUACUGCUAUUUCAAAACAAUGAAUAAUCAAAAUAUUGUUCCUUUUUAAUGUACUUUCUUGAUCGUGUACUUGAUCGUGUGAGAUCAGUACUUGUGUUGCUUUCAUAGAAAUACGUACAUAUAACGAACAAGUUUAAACACAUUUGAUGAAACUUUAAGUUUGUUGUUGAAGGUCUCUUAAAGUAUAAAUAAAACAAAGAGAUCUAUAAUAAAUACUAAAUAAAUGCAAGGAAUAUUCCGAUUGAAAUAUAAUCGGUUGAAAGAUAUAAUAAUAAUAGGGCAGUUAAUUAAUUGCGUAACUUUUAUUGUUGAAGCAAUAAGAUGAUGUAUGCGUUAAAAGAGCAUCCGACAAUUCGAAAAAUAUUUUGGAAAGAAAGUACUGGCCAAUCUGGAUGAUCCUAAAUUGUACAUUGAUUGACUUCCACUCGAUCUACUUUUGAGACUGAUACAUAAAUAGUUAAAUUAAGCCAUGUUUAUUAUGAUCUGAUGUUAUCGAUUUAAAGAGAGAUACUAUUUCAUCAACGACAUUAUUCAUACAAAUGUAGAUAGUUUUAUAAUAAUUUACCGUAAGAGAAAAAAAAAAUGAAACAAA